AUGAAGAACUCACUCUUUGUCUCACGUCUGCUGCUGGCCAAGCUGCUCAAGGACCUCAGCGGCGAGUCCGUGACGGGCCUGAACAAAAACGCCAAAAUGAAGAUCCACCGCAUAAACAACCUCUUCCACUGCUUCAACGUCAUGCGGGACCAGAAGAUGAAGCUGCAAAACAUCUCCGCCGAGGAUGUGGAAGAGUGCGACCUCAAGCUAAUUGUGGCCCUCAUCUGGCACUUCAUCAUGCACUACGAGCUCCAACUCGAAGAUGGUGGCACCGCCAAGGACAGGCUGCUGGAGCGGCUCAACAACUUCCUGCAGGACCAAGACGACCACUCCAGCGCUUCCCUCAUCACUCCUAGUUCUCCUCGCCAACAGCCUCCUGAGCAGCAGCAGCAGCAGCAGCAGGCAUUGUCCCUCUCCAAUCCCGUGGUGAGCAAUUUUGAUACGGCCUUCCAGGACGGAUCGGUGUUCUUCCACAUGGUCAAGAAGCACCGGCCCGACCUCCUCCCCAGCGAGCCCGCCAGCAUGACCAUGCGGGAGUUGCUGGAGAAGGUGUUCGGCCUACUCAACUCCGUAUGGGGCGUGCCGCAGCUCAUUUCGGUCUCUGAAGUGGUCGACUCCAAGCCCGACGACAAGUCCAUCAUGACCUACGUCGCCCUGUGCCUGGACGCGUUUUCGCGGACGGCGUCAGUCCUUACACCGCUCGAGGCGGCCGAGAAGCUGUUCAAGAAGGCGCUCGCCUUUCGUCCGCACGGCAGCCCGGUGGGAGGCGAUGAAAAGGACGGGCCGGGGCACGAGCCCGAGCCGGAGGCGGACGAGGAGCGGCAGGUGGAGCUGCUGUUCGCCCUCGAUCUGAGCAUGAGCUGCAUGCGCGCCUUCGGUCAGGAAUGCGACAAGCGCGAGGAGCUCCAGAAGGGGCUACGCCGACUCAAAGACCUCCGGUCGCGAUUUUACGCCGCCGCCUCCUCCGCCACCACCGGGCAGCAGCUGGGCGAGGUCAUGGCCGAGCUGGAGCGCGUCCACGGCGAACUGGUGCAGCUCAUCACGUCCGACCCCGAGCACCAGCGAAUGAUGAAGCUGCGCGUGAAGCGGUGGCGCCGCCGCAGCAAGGACCCCAAGGAGGACCUCCACAUCCAGGCCUGGGGCUCCCACCUCACCCGCAAGCUGGCCACCCUCCCCGCCGCCCCGCCGGGCGAUGACCCCGCCGCCGACUCUGCCGCCACCCAGGCGUGCAGCAAGCACACCGAGUGGAGCAUCAGGAGGAGCAUCAAGAGUCUGGAGGAGGUGAUGGCGCAGUGCCAGGGCCACCUGCGGGUGGGCGACUUUGACGAGGGGUGGUUCAAGGUGGUGGUCGAGGUGCUCGUGCGCAACAUCCGCCACGCUCUCCCCUACCUGCUCCGCCGGCUGCUGGCCGACACCAAGACCAACAACAUCGACAACCUCUCGGUCUUCUCGGGCGAGAUCCAGGUGGAGGAGCUCGACACCGACCACAACCCGUUCGCCGACCUCAUCCGUCCGCUCGUGGCCGCGUCGAUCGACCUGCUCCUGGCGUUCGUCUCCUUCCGGAAGCAGACCAACAAGGUCAUGAUGGCCACCAUGGCCGCCAAGCGGGCCCACGUCCGGCGGGCCUCGUUCUCGCUGCACGCCCUCCUCCACAAGUACCUCCUCGCACCCCACCACCACCCGGCUCCCCCCGUCAUCGCCUCGCCCGCCCCGGACCGCGUCAUGCACCGCAUCCGGCGCAUCGAGCGGCUCCGCCGGUUGGUCACCGCCAUCAAGCGCCGCAUGCAGGAGCGGUUCUGGCGACGACCGGUCGCCUCCAACGAACUCUUCGACGAGGGCGAGCUGUUCGACCUCCGCUGGAUCCAACUCAUCAGCCCACUCUGGCUCGCCCUCCUCGGGAAGGAGCUGGUGGAGAUCACACAUAUGACCAUCCACGAGACCAGUGCGCCCCACACGUGGGAGCACCUGCGGGGCUGCCUCGAGGCCUUCCUAAAGAGCCUCGCGGACAUGGUGGGCCUUCUCACACGCCAGCGCUUCGCCUGCCGCGCCGCCGCCGCCGCCGCCGCCCAGGUCGAGCAGCACUCGGGAGCGGUCGAGGAGGAGAAAGAGGGGCAAGAGGAGGAACCUCAGUCGCUCGAGCGACCUCGCAAGUGGACGGCCCGCGAGGACGACGACUUCAUGCUCCAGUUCCGGCAGCUCCGCAGGACCCUCUUCCGCCACCUGGAGGACUACAUCCACGGGAGCCGGUUGGUGUGGAACGAUGACGCCCUGCCUUGCGAUCCGCCUCGCGCCUUCCCGCCGGCGCUACACGACCUCCACGCCCUGGCCGCCCAGCUCAUGGCUGUCGCUCGCCCCUCCUCCUCGUCGUGGUGCGGGGUGGAGGGCGAGGCGCUCGAGGCCACGGAGCGGUGGGUGGAGGCGUGCCCCGUGGGGUCGCUGGUGGCCUCCAACAAGAGCAUCGUCAUGCAGCGCGAGUGGCUGGUCGGAGUGGAGACGAGCCAGAGGCGGCGUCCCCCCAAGGGCAGCAGCGACAGCGACAGCGAGGGCGGGGAGAGCGGCAGAGCGACAGAGGCGGCGGGGAUCAAGCCGACAGAGGAGAGGAGAGGGGUCCAGCAGCAGCAGCAGGGGAGCGGCAGCCGAGUGGGCCAAGGGUCGGGCCUGCUCAACAGCCGCAACCAGAAGGAGAUCAAGGUGGCCCUCCACAUGAACGCGGCCGCCGACGCCGAGGUGGAGCGGCAGAGGCGCAAGGAGGAGCGCCGGAAGGAGCAGGAGCAGCGGGCACGCACCAACGAGGAGACCUUCGAGCGCACCCGCGAGGAGCUCGACAACUCGCGCCGCGAGUGGCAGCUCCUGCGGCAGGACCGCGAAAAGCAGAAGCGCGACGCCGCCCGCCAACGCGAAAGGGACAAGAUCGACCUGGCCCUCGCCGCCGCCCACCAGCUGCUCGACAAGGCGCGCCUGUGUGCGUCGGCCGACCCUCAACUCCUCCUGCAGCAGCAGCAGCAGCAGGAGCAGGAUUUGGUGGGGUGGUUCCGCGUGACCGUGGAUGCGCUGGUGGGCCACGUGCGCAAGAUCGCCGAGGGCGGGCCAGUGCGGGAACUCACGCUGCUGGGCUUCAACAACGCCGCCGAGUUCCUCCUCGAGUGGCACCUCUGGCGAGCCGCACAAGCCGGCCUGCGCGAAGGAGGCCAGCAGCAGCAGCACCAGCAGCAGCCCGACCACGACCCCAAGGGCAAAGGCAAGGCCAGGGCCAAGGGCAAGGGCAAGGCCCAUACCGCCGCCGUGGCAGACGAGAGCGGGGCCGACUCGCCGCCAACGAUGGACGGGAGCGCGGGGGGCCGUAAUGCGGCCUACGUGGGCUACCUGGCGGAUAACACGCGCGACGGAUUCGUGACCGUCCACAAGGCCCUCACCGUCCUCCGCGACCACCAGACUGCUGCUGCUGCUGCUGAGGGCACAUCCGCGGCCGCCGCCAGCGGCACAUCCAUCGCCGAAGAGCGCCUCAGGACGACCAAGAAGCGAGUGAGGGCCAUGCAGGAGCAGGUGGUGUACCUCGUGGAGACGCUCAAGGAGAAGCUGGCCAAGCCCUUCUACCUCAACGGUGGCGGAUGGCGCACCGAAGUCGACUGGCUGGUGAUGAUCGUACGCGAAAUCCUGCGCGCCGCCCUGGAGAGUUGUCCGGACGUGGAGAGCGGGUCGGCGGAGAGGGUGGUGGAGGCCCACGUGGCGGGGAUGGGGCUCGCGGUGCGGGAGAUGGUGGGCCUCAUGGAGCAGCACUUCGGCACGGAGGUCAAGGUCAAGAAGCGCUUCCAGGACCACCGCGAUGAUCUUCUCCGCCACGCCGACGACCUCGUGGCCGCCCUCGCACGCCUCUGGAGUUCCCGGAGCAGCUCGUCCAUGAACCAGCCCGCCAGCCACCACCAGGUGGCCGUGGCCACCACCACCACCACCACCACCAGCACAUCGGCUUCGCUACCGGUGGAGCGCCUGCUGGCCGACCUCGACGACCUGGAGCUCAAGAAAUCGCGGAAGCGUGUGCCCGUCGUCGAGGCCGAGACCACGCAACAGUGGGCCGCCACGCUCCUUGCCCAGAUGACGGCCCUGACCCCCGCCACUGCCGACCCCGCUUCUUCCGCGGGCCACGACGAGGCCGAGGUCGGCGGUGUGGAGGCGGAGGGGGAGGAGGAGGCGCCUGACGGCGACGACGAGAUUGACCUCGAGCAGGAGCAGGCCGAGGCCGCCCAGUUCAUGGCCAACGCCGAGGAGGGCGUGCGGCAGCUGAACGAAGUGUCCGCCCUCACGGACCCCGACGUCAUGGACGUCGACGACUUUGACGAAGACAAAUUCAAGACGCGCGUCAAGGUCUUCUUCGACACCAACAAGAAGACCCUCCUCUACCUCCGCAAGAAGUCCAAGCAAACGUUCAUGCGCCUCGCCCUCCAAGCGAGGAAGCUGGUCGACGAUUCGCGAGGACUCCUGGAGACGGUGGACGAGUACAAGAACACGCUCACCGAAAAGGCCAAGGCCAAGGUGACGGCCAAGGCGCGGGGCGUGAAGGAGAACGUGCAGGGCAUGGCCAAGGCGGUGACGACGGCCGUGAAGGAGGAGGGCGAGCGGUUGCAGGAACUCAAGACCCGGAUGCUGGCAGCCGUGAGCAGCGAGGAGAGCGAGGAGGAAGUGGAGCCGGGCGCCCUCCACGACAUCAUGGAGCACCUGUCCUCGCUGCACCUCAAGGUCGAGCGGGCCACGAGCCCCCUCACGAGCCCACGCUCGCCGACCACCACUCUAGCCUCCGGCAAGGCGGGCGUGGGCGAGGGCGAGGGCGAGGGCGGCGGCGAAGGGCCACCGGCGCUGCUGACGACGCGCGCGAGGAUGGUGAACGAGAAGCGGAGGUCGUGGCACUCGCGGCAGCUCGAGAUGCGGUCCAUCGACGCCUUCCUCAAGCAGAGCAAGCAGGACAAGGACGAGGACGCGCGCCUCCGCCGCCAACGCGCCGACCAGGCCCGGCGCGAGACGGACAAGCGGGAGCGCAAGCUGGGCCGGAAGGACAGCCAGCGGCGCAAGAAGCAGAUGCGCAAGCUGGGCCGCUGUGUGCGUGAGUGCCACCACGGCCUCGUCAAGCAUCUGAUCUCCGCCCGCGAGGCCACCCUCGUGGCCCACGGCCAGUGGACCUUCGACCUGCGCUGGUUCCUCUUCGUCACUCGGGGCGUCCUCGUCAGCGGCAAGCACCUCAUCGCCCUCAGCGAAGACCGCCAGGGCGGCGACGCCGCCAUCGCCCGCGCCAGAGCCCUCCGCGCCAGCCUCCUCAAGCUCGACGACCUCCUCAGGCUUCCCCCCGCCUCUUCCGCCUCCGCCGCCUCCGCCUCCACUCCCGCCUCGCCCCGCGGCUGCGGCGACGACGAUGGCGACGGCGAGGAGGAUCUGUCCCUGGCACUCCGCAACUUUGGGCUCUUCCGCACCAACAUCAUCGACGACCUCAGCGCCCUCAUCGCCGCCCUCAAGCUCCUCUGGAAACGACCCACCGCUCAGCUGGAGGAGGAGAGGGCAGCGGUGGCGAGCACGGUGCAGGCGAUGGAGGGCGUGAUUCGGGGCUUCGAGGCCAUGGAGAGGAACGUCGACCUGGCCAGGCGCACGGAGGACAGCGAUGCGCCGGACGAAUGCGACGCACAGCAGCCGGCCGAGGCCAGCAACGGUGGGAGCGGGAAGAAGAAGAGGAGCAUAAGCCUCCGCCGGCUGCGGUCACAGCCGGAAGUGUCGACGACCGCCGGUCUCCUGGACGAUCGCAAGCGACACAAGGCCGCCCACAAGUCGGCGUCUCCGCGGGAGCGAAUGUCGUCGUCGACUUCGGCGAUCGCCACGACGACGUUGCGUGGCAGGGGCGACCAGCAGCAGCAGCAGGCCUCGGAGAGUGAGGCGGACGCGGCGGAUCGCUCGCUCAAGACUUCGCUCUCUUCGGCGGCCUCCUCGCUCUCGCCGUCGCCGCGCUCGGGCAGUGCGCCGUCGUCGCCGCGCGAAAUCGAACACCUGGGCAGGGGGAGGCCGCCACCGAGAGCGCCUCGCGCGGUGACGCGGGCGUCGCGCAAGCAGGAAAAGCGGCUGCAGAAGCCCCUGGCCUUCAUCUUCGAGGCCGACAUGGCCCUGGAUGCCGCCCCCGCGAGCAUCGAAACGGAAGGCCACCACCACCACCACCACCACAACGUUGACGCGGCCGAGGCUCCCGCCGACCCCGACCACCCGGUAGCCGCAGCCGCAGACGAGGACAGCGAUGAGGAAGUCCUCACGCCUCGGGCCGCCCAGGACAAGGCCCGCCGCAAGGCCGAGCGACGCGCGCGCAGAGAAGCCCGCACCCAGCGACGCGAAUGGAAGCAAUGGAAGCGGCCUCUUCCCGCGUGCGAUACCAACCAAACCCAACCCAAACCAACCCAAACCACGGCUGGCAGGGACCAGAACGUGGGGCGGAUGUGCGAUACCCUGCGCAGCUUUGCCAACGAUCUGCGUGCCCAGAUCCAGGCGCGUCUGUGGGAGCCACACGUGGUUGCCGGAGAGUGGACUCUCGAUUUGGAUUGGUUCGUGGCUGCCGCCAAGGAAAUGGUUCGCGUGGCCGAGGAGACCAUCGAGCAGGUGGGGAAAGACCGAACCCUCGGAAAGGAGAAGGCGUGCAGCAGCAGCAACACGCGACCCACGGAAGGCAGCGACGAGAGCGACAGCAGCACCAGCACCAGCGACGCGCCGAACAAAGAUGACGCAGACCACCAAAAGAGCAAGAGCACGCGCAAGAGCAAGGCGGCAACCAAAAAGCAAGUCAAGUCAGGCGCCGAGCCCCGCAGUGCUGACGACGAGGACGACGACAAGAGGCGAGCGGCGAUUGUGGCGGGCUCGCACGGGCUGUACGGGGCCAUGUCGUCGAUUGUGGCGAUGAUGCUCGCCCACACGCCCACUGACGACGAGGCACGGCGGUACGGGGCCUACCGCAAAAAGGUCAUCGACGCACUCAACACUCUGGUGGUGCGGAUGAAGGCCGUGUGGGACGUCCAUCCCAUUGUCACCUGA